GUCCAGACAAGUUAGCUGGACGAAACGUUGGAAUUAGUUAAAUUUCAAUCGCUGAGAAUAUUUCAAAUAUAAUUUUCACAUAUAAUGACUUCUCUAUACUCGGCACUCAAUUACUGUCAAACUAUUCGUUCUAAUCUUGACGAAUAUUCGUAUAAAGAUAUACUAUUUAUUAUUAGUCAUAAGAGUUUUUAUUUUUCCUCUAUUGACUAUCAGGACUGUAUUUGAUUAACCUUCGUUAAUAUACAUGCUCCUUGAUGCGAUGCGAUGCGAUGCAAUUAAGUUGAUGUGUCCUGUCUGAACAGCAUAAAAUACACGUCCUGGAUCCCACUAUUUACACUAUUGUUUUUAAAAUAUCAAUAAAAUUUUUAAUUUAAUAUAUGCUUCGCAUAAAGUACAUACAUACUAUUUGUUUGGAUCUCUAUCAGACAAAUGUAUUUAUCUACUUGGGUGGUUUCUGAAAAAAAGAUUCCUAAUUUGCUAACUGGUGUAAGUGGAAGGAAAACUGACUAAUAUAGAUUUGUAGUAGUAAAAUGGUUAAACUACGUUGGAAUAAAUGUUUUGACAUAGCAAUAUUUACUUCCUCAUUACAAAUGGAGUUUUGGCCAUUACAUGCUUCGAUCUGUUUGGGGAGUCCUCACCUGGAUGUAUUUGAAUAUUAAUGAGAAGACAGGUUUCCAUAGAAGGAUAAAAACACCUAUCCUGGCUUCUACUGCUUAUGAAUACCUAGAAUCUUAUCAAAUAACUAACAAAUGAAAGUUGACGAUUUUCAUUCAUUGAAUUACAACUAAGUUGGCAACUGAAACUGCACUUAUAACAAGUUCAGGGGAAUCAACACCAACUUCACAAGGCUAGAUAUUUUUUCCAAAUUUUAAAAAAGUGAAAAAUCUAUAAAGUUCUUUUUGGAUUUUAGUUAUGGAUAGAUAACUGUAUAACGAUAAUAUCUUGAUAUUGAGUGGACCAUUGCACAACCUAUCUGAAGAUUCCUUCCUUUAAAAUUAUAGUUCAUCGUAAAAUAAGCUUGAUAGUUAUGAAUGAAAACUGAAACAACGUAUAUUGAAUUUGAAUCAAGGAACUAAAUAUAGAUUGCACCAUACAUUUUAAUGAAACAAUUAAAAUCCCUGAAACUAAUUUAUAUUUACUGGAAUUCAUUUGCCAUAACAUACUUUCGAACGGAAACCUGUGUGCAUAUCAAUAAUUUUUACAACCAUAGAAUGACUAAUCACAAUCCAAUUCAAUAACAACCCACAUAACUUGAUAGAAUUAUCAGAUUAUUCGAUUGAAAAUACUUAGGUAUGAUUCAAGCGUUCAACAUCUUUUGUGCAGAGUUCGGGAUAAACUAAACUGAUUUUCAUCUAAUGUAACUUUAUCUGUCACUGGAUAAAUGACCUAUGCAUUGUACAUUUACGUAACGUACUUUUAUGAAUGAAAAGGUUUGGUAGCGAACGUAACUGCAAUCACAGACACCAAAUAUACUAAAGAUUGGUCUAAUUUACUACAAACAUUAGAAUGAAGAGUUUAGCUAACAGACAAAUAUUAACCUAAUCAAGAUAUCCACUACAUGUUUCACUAAAAGUAGCAUGCACUCCACCUGAACACUACAAUCACAUUCAUUUUCGUGAUUUUGUAUCACGAUUUUCAGGUAUGAAAAAUAAAUGAUCCGCCCACAAAAUAAUUAACCAAUAACUGAAAUGCAUAUUUUUAAGUUAGAUCAUAUGACCUUGACCACUUCAAGGACAAAUAUUCACGUAAUUGACACGCCCUAAAUGCGUGACUGACAGCUGACUCAAUUUUGAUUGGCUAAAUUAAUUCAUAUUUAAUAUCCUUAGUUAGUCUAUUCACUGGUCAGUUUAAUUUCGUAUGCAAGGGAUGGGGCGUGCCAACUGAUAAAUAAACGUGGUUAUGAGUUUGCAUCAGUUAAUCUAAAACACCACGCGAACUCUAGUCUUACUCAUAAUAUGGGUAUAGCCUACGAGUCUAUAUGCCUACCUGGUGCGACAGUGGAUUCCGGAUUCGAUAAAAUUAAUGAAUUGCAAGCUGCUGAAGUUUUACUAUCACUGGCCAAAGGUUCAUGCUCGAACUGGUCAAUAUUUCCACAAAAUAAAUCAUCAGUAACCCAAAAUUUUUAUUGUUCCGAAUAUCAUCGAAAUAUGUUUAAAGAGUCAGUUAUACAAAAAACAGGAGAAAAUGAACCAAGGAGUAAAUCUCAAUCCUACUUAACAUCAUUAGAUAGAAAUUUACAUCGGAAUAUAAAAUUUAAACUUCAUCGGAUUAAAUCUUUAACUAAUAAGGAAUCACAAUCAUCAAUUAAUUUCGAUAAAUUGCAAAAAGUUCCGGAAACUAUUCCUCAUCAAAAUGUCAGUUCAUUUAGCCCUAUCAUGAAUACACCUAAUUUACAAGAAUGCGGCCCUUACUUUGCCAAUCUUCGCUUUUAUAUCUGCAUCAGAUCCCCCACGUUCAUCGAUGAUGCUACCUAGAUACGUGAAACUUUCCACGUCUUCCAGAGUUUCGCCAUCAAGUGUGAUUGCGUUGGUGUUCUCUAUGUUGUAUUUGAAGAUCUAGCUUUUUAUUGAGGCCUACUGAUGCAGAGGCUGUUGCUACACUAGUUAUCUUCAUCUGCAUUUGUUGGUGUGUAUGAGAUAGAAGAUCCAGGUCAUCUGCGAAGUCCAAAUCAUCUAACUGAUCAACAGCUGUCCAUUGUCGUCCGUGUCUCCCCUGAGACGUGGAGGUCUUCAUAAUCCAGUCAACAACCAGAAGAAAGAUGAGGGUGGAGAGUAGUCAACCUUGCCUGACUCCGGUCUUUACUUAGAAUGCAUCUGUCAGCCUGCCUUCAUGUCCAGCCGCUCAGUAUACUCCAUCUUAUGACGUUGGCGAUCUUCUCGGGUGCACUCAACUGUCGAAAACUCCAUAAAGUUCUCCUAUCCACACUGUCAAACGCCUUCACACAGUCAGUGAAGUUGAUGUCUAGUGACGACCUCCAUUCAGUUGAUUGCGUAACAAUGAUACAUAGUAUCGCCCAUUGGUAUAUGCACGACCGAUCCGUUCGAAAUCUGAACUGUCAAUCUGGAAGCUUGGCACCUACCAUGUCUUUCCUGUGGUUAAACAACACUCUGUCGCAAACGUUUUCUGGUACUGAUAGUAGUGUGAUGCCUAUGCAACUCUCACACUCGCUUAGAUCUCACUUUUUGUAUCUUGAUGAGGUAUCGUUCUUUCCAGUCUGUCAGCACUUGUUCAUCCCCCCUAAUCUUCCUGAAUAGAGUGUGAAGCAUAUUUGCAGUUGCUUCCAUGUCUGACUUCAGCUGAUAUAUUGUCAGGUCCUGCUGCUUUCCCACUGUUGGUUUGUCUGAUGGCCAUCCUGAUUUCUUCGACCGUUGGUGGAGUGAUAUUUAUAUGAUAUUCUGUGUGUGUUGUUUCGAUAUCCGGUGGAUUCAAUGUAGCUGGUCUAUUCAAGAUUUCCUUAAAGUAUUCUUCCCAUCUGUUCCUCUGUUCUUGAACCUCGGUGAUUGUCUUGCCUUCUUUGUCCUUGACCGGUCUCUCUGGUUUACCAUAUUUCCCUACUAGUUUGUUCGUUGCUGUCUUAUAUUUCCUUCUCUUGGUGCUUUUUCGGCGUAUUUUUACUUGUCGGCUCUAAUGCUCCUCUUCACACUCUCGUUUGUUUCUGUGUAUUCAGCUUGUACCUUGACUUCCCCUGUUCUUGUUCGGUUGUUUUUAAUUUCUGUCUUCUUAUUCUUUCUUUCUUGAAUCUUGUGCAGGGUUUCCAUAGAGAUCCAUUCGUCAUGAUGAUGCUUCUUGAGACCCAGAACCUCUUGACACGUUGAAGUUAAUGCUUCUUUGAUACCUUUCCAGUUGUCCUCCAUAGUAGUUUCUUCUUCCUUCAGUAUAUCCUGCAAGGCUUGGAACCUGUUGUUGAGAGCUAUCUUGAAUUUGUUGAAUUUGCUAGUAUCUCGAAGGAAGGCUGUAUUGAACCUUUGUAGUGCUGUUUGUCCAGUUAUCCAGUUCUUCUUUAGCUUCAGUUUUAAAUUGGCCACAACAAGGUGGUGAUCUGCUCCUCUCUUGGUUCUCACAUCUUCCAUUGUCCUUCGGGACUUUUUAUUGAUGCAAAUAUGAUCCAUCUUUUUGUCUGUGGUAUGGUCCGGUGAGAUCCGUGUGGCUUUGUGUAUAAGUUUGUGUGGGAAUAUUGUGCCGCCUAUGAUCAAUUUGUUGAAUGCAUAUAGAUUUGCAAACCUCUCACCAUUCUCGUUUCUCUCUCCCAUUCCAUGUCGCCCCAUGAUAUCUCCAUAUCCGGUGUUGUAUAUUCCGACUUUGGCGGUUAGGUCUCCCAUCAGGAUGGUCAGGUCCUUUCCUGGACACUUCUCUACGAUCGACUGCAGCCUCUCAUAAAACUGAUCUUCAUCGUCGUCAUCGAUAUUAUCGGUAGGCACAUAACAGUGGAAAACAUUCAUUGUGAUUCCCUCCUUCUUCGUUUUGGAGAAUGUUUUAAUGAUUCUGGAUCAAUGAAAUUCUCAUCCUAUAAGUGCAUUUCGUGCUUUUUUGGACAGCAUUAGAGCGACUACCUCGGUGUAUGACCGGAGUACAACAGCAUCUCUCCCAUAUCUAGCCUUUGCUGUCCAGCUUGAGUCCAAUGGGUUUCGCUGAUUCCCACUACUGCCAAUUUGUAUCUCCUCAUUUCCGUUGUUAUUCGACUGGUCCUCCCGGUCUCCGACAUAUUCCGGACGCUCCGUGUAUCUAUAUUAAUUGUCGCUCUGGUUGUUAGAAGGUAUAUCGACCUCGUGACUUCCUAAGAAUCUUGGCUUUCACCAAAAGACAUAAUAAUUCUUCCUUCAACUCGUAGAACAGAGUUUAAAUGGUUUAUCCUGGUUGGUGUUUUUUAACAAGAUUCUUUUCUACGAGAUGGGGUUGCCGACCCUCCUUUUUUACCUGGGCUUGCGACCGGCAGUAACUCUAAAAGAGCAACAGGUGGAGUGGCAAACCCUCUACGUUUAAAAAUUAUUAAUGCUCUUCAGUUAGACGAAAUCUUAAAUAUCUGUUUACUAAUAGAACUUUUGAACAUUGUGUUAUAAUAUGCAAUUAAAUUUCAACAGUCAAUUUUUUAUUCAUUCAACCUAUUGGUAGUCAUUAUAAUUUUAAACAAUAAUCGAAUAUAACUGUAUAUACUUCAAUGUUUAUGUAUUUUCCCCUUGAACUUUUAAAAAAUACUCGUAGAUAUCAAAUCCUUCUUUAGAAACAUCAAGCAAUGAACAGGUAUCUUUCUACAAUAAUCAAUCUUUGAAUAAUUUAAACACAAAUUGGUCAAAUAAUCUACCUAUUAACACUGGUGAAUCUCACCUCCUAACUAAGUCAUUUCAACAAAUCGAUGAAAAUUCUUCUGAUUCUAAGCAUAUUCCAUUGACUAAUCAAACAAAUCAAUUCACUACUGGUCAACAAUCUGAUAACCGAGUUACUUUUACUCUUUGGAAUGAUUAUGAACUUUCUUCUAAAGCUUCUCAUUCUUUCAAUUGUGAAAAUGAAAGUCAAAAAAGUGUUGAACAACAAUACAUUUUGGAUCGAUUACUUCAUACUAACUCUGAUCUUACAACAUUACUGCAUUCAUCAUUAUCGUCAUCAACGACAACAAAUGAUACAUUUCGAUCAUCUAAUUCAGAUUCACAGCUUUUACGGUAUAAUUUAAAUGAUUUUCCUCAGUGUACACUAACUCAUUAUUAUGAUCAAAUGGUUGAUAGACAACCUAUCGAUGAAACAAUAACAUCAAGAAACCGUGACAGUUAUUUAUCAGUUAUUUCCAGCCCACCAUGUACUGAACAAUAUUGUACUAAUGUGAACCAAAAUUUCACUCCAACUGUAAUUAAUGAUAAUACAUCGAGUAUCAAAUUACAAGAUACACCAACUGAUUUAACAUUUUCGAAUGUGAACUGUUCAACUGUUUCAUAUUGUACUAUGAUGACAUCACCCAUUACUAAUACUAAUGAUACAAUCAUUACCAAUCUUACUGCCCCAGUGAGUAGUAAUACUAGUAAUCCUAAUAAUAAUAAUAAUAAUAAUGGCUCAGAAAGAGUGAAAUCUUAUCGAUGCAACUUUGAUGGUUGCACAAAAGCUUAUUUCAAAAGUUCUCAUCUUAAAGCUCAUAUCCGUGUUCAUACAGGUAAGAGACUUUCUAAAAAUCUAAUCGAUUUUACAUACUGUCGAUAUUUGGGUUUAAAACCUUCAUUAAUUUUUCACAAGUUUAUUAAUACAAUUAAAAACUUAUAUGUACCUAGGGUCAGUCGUGCCUGAACAAAUGAUAUUAAUGUUUUGUUUCACUGACUUCAUAUCUUAAUGUUUACUAGUGACUCAUGAAGAAUCCCUCUGUCUAAUUCUCCAGCUUGUCAAAUUAGAACAACAGGAAAACCAGCAAAUUUACUCUGCGCAUUGACUUAAAAAUUCACCUGAUCGUAUACAUAAAUUAAAUGAUCAAGACGCACCAUACAUAAAUACGAAAAUACAUGUAACCAACUGGAACAUCUUAAGGUUCAAAUUUUAAACAAUAAGCUUUUAAUUCAUUUACAAUAAUUUGAGAACAUAAUAGAACAUAACUAUGGUUAGUGAUGCAAAAAUGGAAGCUCGUAAAACGAUAUCAGUUAGCCUCAUCUUAACAAAAAACACAGAAUAUCUGUCUCAUCCCAUUUUUGCACUCGCUAACAUUCAACACUUAAGCCUCCACUUUGGUUCAAAUUCAAUGACAUUCUAUUUUGAUUGCAAGUUCAAUACUAUAAAGUCCGUGAGUAGAAAAUCUGUAUUUCACAUUUUCCAAAUUCAGUCGAUUCACGAUAUAAAUCCAGUUAUUUCCUUACAUUAUCAGUGAAUAACGUCGUCAUUAUCAACUUAUUUGACGAUUCAAGUAAUCUCUCCUCAUUAGAACUAAAAGAGAGUCUAUGUAUGUGAUGAAUAUAUAUACCAUUAAAUCACUACAUUCAGAGUAUCAUAGUAGAUUAUUAAGACUGAAUUUAAAAGUAAUGUUUGGUGAACGUAGUAGAUAGAAAAUCCUGGAUCUAGUUUUCAUGCUAGCUGUCAAUCGUCAACAAGGUGUAUUUUCAAUCUUGAUGGAUCUGACACUCCAUCUAUAACUCAAUCCCAUAUCACACAGCAUCUUAAUCUGAGGCUAGACAGCCUGAAUAGUCCAGUUCACUCGAAGUAGUGUUCAUAUUUCAACUUAAUCGAUAGAAUCGUAUCUGAGAGACAUGAAACGGGCACUAUCAAGAUCAAUUAGCUAUAAGGUCAGUUAAUUUUUCGGUUCAAUUAUGAAUGUGCAUAUUUCGAGUUAACAUUUACUGUCCUCCACAAACCUAUAAUACUAAGUUUGAGUAAUACGAGAUAAACAAGUCAUCUAGGAUAUUAAAAUUAAUUGAUUGCGUGAUGUCGCUAACUUUCAAUUUGUUUCAUGUAAAUUUAUUUCGAGCAACGAUCUCUAUCGUAAGGCCCAAAGAUCAACAAAAUUUAUAAUCCAAAGAAUGCAUGAAUCCAUUUAUGAUAUGUUAAUAAAUUCACAUUAAUUGUAAGUCUUCCUUUAGUAAAAGUAUAAUAUGUACUGACAACCUUAAGCCAACCAAUCGGAACCAAAGUAAGAGCUCAUGUAAUUUGCACAAAAUUUAAAAUGAAGUGGUGAAUAACGUGUGUUAUUAUUAACGAAGUAAUGAUUUGCAAUAUGUGGUUCACCAAACGCUUAAAAUCAAUAAAACAUGUACUACGCAUCCGAAAAAUGAUUUUAUGGUGGUGCUUAAGACAAGUAACAGAGCAAACCUCCUCCUAAGACAGGUUAUAUGUUAAAGUACUUGAUGUGAUUCAAUACGUAGUCAGCGAUAAAUAACAUGUAUGUUAUUAUUAACCAAGUAAAAGUUGAGAAUAUUUAAUUUCUAAAAUGUCUCACAUCAAUAGAAAUAUUUAUCGUACAGCGAUAAAAUGAAUUUUAGAAGGUGCUUAAACAAACCUAUGUGACAUAACUCCUCCUAAGACAGAGUGUAUGUUAAAGUAUUUGAUAUGAUUCAAUACGUAGUCAAGAGUGUUUGGUUAAGCUAGAUCAUAUUCUCCCAUUCUCACUCCUACUCGAAAUCUCGAUCCGAUGAUUGUCACAUUUACAAAAGGAAGGUGGCAAAGUAUUACAUUCUAGCUGAUGUCAGUUCGUGUUGAAAACACUGACUUUAAUUAGUAAACCUAACUCAAAACUCCAAUCUUCCUACAUUAUAACUGAUGUCAGUUGGAAAUGAAAAGUUUAUGGAGUGAUAACCAUGAAUCACAACACUAACCCAAAUCGUAAUAUGUGACGUUUUCACUGUAUUACAAGUGAUAAUUUGAUAUGUGAAUGUUGGUUACUCAGAUCCAAGCUAUUAUUUUAUUGAUAUUUGAUUGCUUUGUCUUGUUAAUUAUUUUAUGACUAGUGAGCGUUUCCUUAUUGAGUGAAAAAAAUUGUCGAACGUCGCCAGUAUAGUACACUUUCACCUUUCUUUUUAUUUAAUCUUUUCUAGGUGAAAAACCAUAUAUUUGUGAUUGGAACCAUUGUAAUCGAAAAUUUGCACGUUCCGAUGAAUUAUCCCGUCAUCGUAGAGCACAUACAGGUGAACGUAAUUUUAUUUGUCAACGUUGUCCACGACGAUUUACACGUAGUGAUCAUCUUAGUAAACAUUUACGGCGACAUAAUUCUCCAAUGACAUUAAAAUAAAUUUUUAAAUAAGAAGAAUAUAUAUAUAUAUAUAUAUAUAUAUAUAUAUAUAUGAUUAUCUUAUAGUUAAGUUUUUAGAAAUCUCUAUUGAACUCUUCCUAUCCUAUUUCUUAUUUAUUAAUUAGGCAUAAAUUUGUAUAUCAUAUUGCAUUAUAUUGUGUAUUACAGAUUAUUCAGAGAUAAUAUUAUUUAUCCUUUGUUUUAAGCAGAAUACAUCAAUUCAUUUAAUAUUGUAUACAGUUUACCGAUAUGUACUUUUGUUUCUUGUUCUUGUUAUAUGUCCUUCUUGUUUUUAGGUAUGGGGAAGGGUUGGUUUCAACAAAGAAAAACAACUCUAUAUAUGUAUUUAGAAAUAUGUUUUCUUGUGUAUAUCUUAAAAUUCAUGAAAACUUUUUCAUUUUAUAAUCAAAUUUAUUACCAAUUCUGAAAUGAACUCAUAUAGAUCAUAGAAAAGACUUAUGUUGUUUGGUUUUGUUUUGUUUUCUUUCAUUUCCUUUUUUAUAUCUCAAUGUACACCUUUGUACGAUUUCAUCAUAAUUUUACUUUAUAUUAAUUUGUAUAUCGAAAUUAAAUGGUCACAUACUAUACUGCUUUCAAAAUAUAUUUGUAUUUUCCAAUUAUGAACCAAAGAUUAUGAAGCUGAUUACUAUUAUUAUUAUUUUCCUAUUUUUGUUACUACUACUAUUACUACCAGUAAUAGGCUACACACUUUUCACCAGGUAUUUUUCUCUCUACGUUGUACCUUUUGCCGUGAGUUGCUACCAUUAUUCAGAUUAACUUAUUCAGUAUAUGUCAGAAAAAAGUUUUUAUUUACUAAUUAGGUUCAUACUCAUUGAACAGUGAUACUUAUGUAUUUCUUAUUUCCUCUCUUUAAUUCUUAAUUUUUGAUUGUUUUGAAAUACAAAAAGAAUUACAACAUAAUAUGAAUGAGGAAAAUUCAUUAUUAAAAUAUAAACCAGAGUGAAGUUAACUGUUUUAAUUAUCCAUUAAUUCAACACUUAAUCUACUGACUAAUCGUUUACUAUUCCCCUAAAAUCUCCGAUACUGAAAUCCUGAAUGAAGGAAUAAAAGGCGCAAAGUACGAGAAUAAGCUUUACUUCAAAGGUUAGUUCUCAUGUGAACAGUCAGAUCAUUUAUCAGAUUCUAGAAACGUCCAGAAAACACCCUAAGAUCUGUCCAGUCAUGACAACUCGUCGUAUUCUAGAAUUCUCUUGAAAUUAUCUAAUGGAUAGACUAUUUGUCGAUUUGUUCUUAACUUAUUCGAUGAAACCUUGAAGGCUCCAAACAUUUAUAACACUGAUUGCCUAUAUGAGUGAAC